CUGUCUUAAAUGUGGCUACCCUCUCUCCCUACUCAUCCUACUUAAAAAGAAACUGAGGAUUUUGACAUUAGAAACUAGGAGAUGAACUUUUUAUUUUCCCCUUCUGGCUUAACCCAAGACCAAACAACUUUCUUAAUGUGAUGGCAAGUUGGCAAGACAGAUUUCCUCUGGAAUAUUUCUGGCAGUCUUCCUUGAUGCAUUCUGCACAUGAAUCAACCUCUUUGUAACCUAUGUUACCUUAAGAAUUUUAGGAAUUUUCCAUAUUGAUUCUCCAUAUGUGCCCAGUGUGAAGGUACAGAGCUUAUAGGGAGGUGGUGAUGAACUCUGGGUCUUUACCCUGGCUGAUGGUGGCUCACUGAAAUAGAGUGGGGUCCCUGGGCACAGUCCGUGUAUUCCUGUCUCCCUGCCCAGUGGUAACUGUUCUCUAAUUUUCUUCUAGGUUGGCUGGCUCCUCUGGCUGAUGGCAUGUUGAGGCACAUGGGCCAGUGGCAGCGAGGGCAUCUGAUCCAGAGGGGGCCACUCUAGAGGCCAGGCCACCAGCACCAUGGGCCAGUGUGUCACCAAGUGCAAGAAUCCCUCAUCAACCCUGGGCAGCAAGAACGGAGACCGUGACCCCAGUAGUAAGUCACACAGCAGGCGGAGUGCAGGUCACCGUGAGGAACAGCCACCAGCCUGUGGCAAGCCAGGUGGGGAUAUCCUUGUCAAUGGGACCAAGAAGGCAGAAGCUGUCACCGAACCCUGCCAGCUGCCAACGUCCUCUGGAGAUGCUGGGAGGGAGCCCAAGUCCAAUGCCGAGGAGUCUUCCCUGCAGAGGUUGGAAGAACUGUUCAGGCGUUACAAGGACGAGCGGGAGGAUGCAAUUUUGGAGGAAGGCAUGGAGCGCUUUUGCAAUGACUUAUGUGUUGACCCCACGGAAUUUCGAGUGCUGCUCUUGGCUUGGAAGUUCCAGGCUGCUACCAUGUGCAAAUUCACCAGGAAGGAGUUUUUUGAUGGCUGCAAAGCAAUAAGUGCAGACAGCAUUGAUGGGAUCUGUGCACGGUUCCCUAGCCUCUUAACAGAAGCCAAACAAGAGGAUAAAUUCAAGGAUCUCUACCGGUUUACAUUUCAGUUUGGCCUGGACUCUGAAGAAGGACAGCGGUCACUGCAUCGGGAAAUAGCCAUUGCUCUGUGGAAACUAGUCUUUACCCAGAACAAUCCUCCAGUAUUGGACCAAUGGCUAAACUUCCUAACAGAGAACCCUUCGGGGAUCAAGGGCAUCUCUCGGGACACUUGGAACAUGUUCCUUAACUUCACUCAGGUGAUUGGCCCAGAUCUCAGCAACUACAGUGAAGACGAGGCCUGGCCAAGUCUCUUCGAUACCUUUGUGGAGUGGGAAAUGGAACGAAGGAAAAGAGAAGGGGAAGGGAGAGGUGCAUUCAGCUCAGGGCCCGAGGGCUUGUGUCCCGAGGAGCAGACUUAGUGGCUCUAUCCCAGGAACAGGAGCAGCAGCAGCAGCAGCAGCAGCAGCAGCAGCAGCAGCAGCAGCAGCAAGGAUCUGCCUGCUGCUCUGCAGCCAACCGAGGGAUUGGACCUUUCUGGAAAUUACUGAAGAUCCAGAUAUUUUCUACUUUACACCUUUCUCUGCCUUGUAUCUGAAAGGGCUCUAAAAUGCUGUAUCAUGUUUUAGGCACUUUCUUCACUUUUUGGUUAUUUUGGUUUAUUUCUUUUUUUUGGGGGGGGGUCCCCCAAAAUAUUUGAACCUGGCUACAUGUUGUGUAUCUUUUUUUUUUUUUUUUUGAAGCCUUCAGAUAGAAUAAGCCUGCCAUUUCUUGCACAAAUUAGAUUUUUUUUUGUGGGGGAGGGUAUAAAGCAGGGAGGGGGGAAGGGGUGGUUAGGUUGAAUUAACAUUACAAGAUGAUACAGUGCCAGAUCUCAGUUUUGCAUAUUCUGUUUUUCAGGGCAGGUCUGUACUGUGUGUAGUGCUGUUUACAUGGUUGGAUUUAGGUUAAAAUAAUUAUUUUAAAAGAUUUACACAGAAUUGAAUAGCAGUGUUAACUGUUAACCAUAUUGCAUUAAUUCCCAGGCAAUUUAAAGCUCUUGGAGAGCCAAGGCCAGCCAAGAGCAUUUGUAGUCUGGUGACAACCCCUGUUUAAGCUAAUUUAUCCGAAACCCUUUUCUUCUUGCUCAUUCCUUCUUUGACCUAUUUCAUGUUGAGUUUAUCCAUCAACAUGCUGCACCUGUCAGUCAAGUGAGCAGUUUUUUUAGACCACAUUGUACUGAGAACCACUUAAGCAUUGAAUGCAGAGAAAGCAGUGCUACCUCAGUUUUGCUGGAAGUAGACUUUGAUAGUUUCUUUUUUGAUGACUUUUAUGUAUUUUCAUGUUGUAGGUGAAAAUACCCCCCCCCCCAUUUGCCUUGGAGCCAAAGUUUCUGUUCCUGGUGGUCGGAAAACUGUGCCUGCCGGCCAACUGACUUGAAGGAAAACUGUGGUAUGGAGCUCUGCUUGAAUUUUUUUUUUUUUUUUUUUUGAUUAUCAUCAGCUUACUUGUCUGGCAAGUGCAGAAGCCUGGGACUGGCCUGAACUCUGCCAAACAAAUAUAGAAGUGUAUUUAAUAGUUAAACGUGUGCCCUUUCCCUUCUUGCUGCACCCAUGUUGUCACUUAAUCCCCAGGAGUUAUUUAUUAUCUUUUUUGUUAAUGUCAGGCUCAUUUGGGGUAAUGUGAUGACUGUUUAGGUUUACAUGACCCUCCUCUCUUUUUCCCUACCCCCAAAUAUGUAUAUAUACAUAUAUAAGAUAUGUAUAUAUUUUACCUAUAUAAAAUAUAUAUAUACACAUAUAUGUAUCUAUAUUCCUUUAUUUCUUUGCCUGCUAAAACUGGCCAUAAAGAGGGAGCUGCCUUCAAUAUAUAAAGCAUAAGAAGAGUGCCAGGGAGUGUCAUAAAUGGAGGCUUUUGAAUCUGAAUUUGGACCAUUUUCACUAAAGAGAAGAUGAAUUUUCUCAGCUCUUUACUCAUACAAGGGAGGCCCAGUUCCCCAGACUCCUCCAUGUGCUCGCUCCAUAAGGCCAGCUUUGGCCAAACUGCCACACAGGAGCGGACUCUGGUCCUACCUGGUUUCAGUAGAGGGUCCUCUUGUUAUUUUUCCAUUUAAAAAAACAUCCUCAAAAAACUGUACUGGAAGGGUGGGUGGCAGGAACUUGUACAGUUCAGCUUCCAACACUUUGGAACAGAUUGAAAAGGGAAUCUUUUGAAUAAAACUUUUAAAAUAUUUAUACUCUUGAGGUAAUGAGAGUUUUUCUAUUAAACAUUUGGAGUUUUCUUCCCUGACUACUCCCAUCUGCCUCCCAGGUAAAUGUUUCUCAGCCUGGGCAGGAUUUCCUUAUUUUGAGUUCCUUUAUUAGUAGCCUUAUGGGUCCAGGCUCCCAUCUUUCCAAAGAGGAUUAUUUCUGCAGUCGAUGUUUUUCUAAGAUUGACAAUGACCUAGCAAAUGUACUUGGGAGUUUUUUUGGUUUUGGUUUUUUUUUUUUUUUUUUUAAAGCCCCUAAACCUUAUUGUUCUUCCUUCUAGAGGGCUAGAAGGGAAGCUUUAAAAUCAGCCACAGCAAGUUAGCAAUACUGCUAGAAAUCUGAAGACGGUCUCAGGCCAGAUGGCUGGCUUUUUUCUAGCCCAAGACAAGUUCCUUGAAAAGUUUCUAGCCCCCUCCCUACCCCACCCUCGUCAGGUUCUGUGGGCUCAACUGUAGUCAGGGUGCCCAGACUGAGGUCUUAAAAGGGGACUGCCUUCUCAUCCAGCCAGCUUGCAACUUCUAGUUCUUCCUGAUUCUGGACUGGGUCAAGAUUGAAAAGGGGGAAAGGCAGGCUGCUUCUCCUCACCAGGUAAGGCUCUCUUAGAUCACAAGGGUUUAUGGAUAGAAGUGCAUAUAAGAGGGAGACAUUGAGGAUCCUGAGGACUCUGGAGGAACUGGAUUCAUUCCCCAGCUUACAAGGUGGCAUUCCAUGCAUUAGGUGUUCUAGACUGGGUGGAUUUUGUAAAUUAACUAUUCAGCCUCCCCACCCCCCAUAGAAGAGCCAGUAAAGAAAUUAUUCUCGAUUAUAUUUUUAAUAUUACAGAAAUGCAAAUGAGAAAUCAGAAAAGGGAGCAGUUAGGGAAGGACUUAAAGGUUCCUUCCAGGUUUGCUUCCUGAUGCAAGAAAUUCCAAACUUCCACAGUAGCUCUGGGCCAAUGCUUGACCACAGGAAAAGCAGUUUUGCAAAGGGAUCAAAGAUGGGGUAUAUAUAGUAUUUGUAGUCAGAUUUCUGGGAAAUGAAAGAUCUCUGGUCCUUUAACCUAGAAAUAGGUUUUCUGUUUGAGUGAGCAGUAAAUUGUGUGGAAGAGGCCAAAUGCAUGCCCCUCAGGUAAGCCAGUGCACUCUUCACUUUAACAAUGUAACACCAGGGUGGUGUGAAGAGGGCAGGAUGUGGAUGCAAUUUCGAAAAUAGGCAAAUAUCUGAGGGCAACUACAACAAAUUGAAUAUGUAUAGGGAAUUUCUUGGUUUUCGCAAAUGGCUGAGUUUGUGGUGUUUAGCAAUUAGAAGGCUGUAUGAGAUGAAGUGUUGCUUCAUUGAAAUGCUCUUCCCCCAUCUCUGCCAUAUCUGAAUGUAUCAUUGACCCCACCUAUUGUAAUGACUUCGCUGUGCUUCAGCUGGAUGCCUCAGCAGUAUUCCCUCAUCUGUGCCAGAUGUGCCCAUGUGUUUGAGAUGGGUCCCAGACACCAGGUCUACCCUUCUCAUAAGGAAAAUUAGAGCUAGGUAAAGAUCCACAUUUCAACCAAGCCCACAGGCCCAAAGAAAUCCAACUGAAAAUCCAUAGGGCAGUGUUUUCGAUACUAAAACUUCCCUAAGGAAGGCACAAACUAGCUUAGAAAGGAAGAAGGGAUUAAGCCACAGAGUAUUUAAUCAGUCUCUGAAACAGUCCUGAUUUCCCAAGAGGCUGAUGCCAAAUUCAGUCCUCAGUGCUGGAGCCUGCAGGGUGUGGAAAGAAGCUGCUGCUAGGUUUGUUUUGUUUUAGCUGCCUGCUUUGGCAUAUUUCUUGUGUCUCUAAUGUUUGAUUAGUGGUGACUUGAAAAUCUUGGAAACUGACAAAGGUCUUCAUUGGUGGACUCUAGCAGUAUUGUGUUUAAACAGCUGAAAGGACUAUUAAAAGUUAUUACAGUGUGUUGAGACUCAUUUGAGGAUAUGUCACAGUGAUCCUCUACUUAGUCCAUAAUCUGUUUUUUGAAUCCUGUAGAAGGGGUUCCCACUCACCCCCUUUCAGAAGUUUAUUCCUAUGGUUAGCUGUAAUUAUAGCAUAUAUCCAGUUUAACCUGGACUGGGGGCCAUGUUUUAGUGAGGAUCUGCAGGUGUUUUUUUUACUGAAAGACAGGCUUGAGCACUGGUUGCAGAAGUCAAGAUGAUUCAAAUAGCUUUUGAGUAAUCAUCACGUAAUGCAGCAUCCAUCCUCCCUAUUCCUCUUGGAAACUAAGCUUGCUUUUAUAGAUCCCUUCUUCCACCAUGCACCUUCCCUCCUUUCAGUAUAAUCUUGGAUAUUGCCAAAGGAAGCCAUUCAACAGAAGCCCCCUCAUUCCCAUUUAUUCUGGGAGAAGUGUCUUCCCUGAUUCCGGUCCCCAACCCCGAAUCUGUAAUUAACUCCUCUUACCUGUUGCACUAAUGAAUAUGACUCUAGGUUUCAAAGGGGGAAUUUGAAGCAAUAGGCAAAUGGGGCUUGGAUGAAUUGGUCCUACAGAUACCCUGCCUUAACCCACUGAGGUGAUGAGUCCACUACUCAUGUGACCCUCCACCUUUGUGGAUUCCUCUUGGUUUGUGACCAGUGUGUCUGUUUCUUGAGGUUGUACAAACUUGUUGACAAAGAUCAAUACUUUUGUUUGUAUUCUCUGCACUGUUGCACUCUCCAAAUGGCCCCUUGAAUAUUUUUAACUUGUUACACAAUUUUUGGUCUUUGUCUACAUUUUUCUUUUGAUGUUUUUUUAAUUUGAAAGGUUACCUGCUGUUGGAUUUAAUAAAUUUGUUUACUUGACUAUU